GGGGGCGAUGGAGACAGAGCUACACCAACAGAAGUUUCUCACCUUGGAACGCGAGAGACGCUCCGCAUCUCCCGCACAUCUUCAGCUCGAUGCCGGAGGGGGGCCCCAAGCUACUUUCUCAACUUCCUCACGCUGCUCCCCGCUCGCGAGGGGAAGGCUUCUGAGAGCCCCUACUACGGCUGGCCUUCUUUUUACGUCGUCCGCAGGGAGAAAGGAGGCGAGGGAAGACUUGGUGCUGGGGAACUGACCUCUGGCCUUGGUGCUGGGGAACUGAGCUCUGGGUGGGGAGGGUCGAAGAGGGGUGGCUGGGGCUGGGGGACUCCAUGCGGGGGCCAUGGACAGAGCAGCGCUCCUGGGACUGUCCCGCCUGUGCGCGCUGUGGGCAGCCCUGCUCGCGCUGUUCCCCUGCGGAGCCCAAGGAAACUGGAUGUGGUUGGGCAUCGCCUCCUUUGGGGUUCCGGAGAAGCUGGGCUGCGCCAACUUGCCGCUGAACAGCCGCCAGAAGGAGCUGUGCAAGAAGAAACCGUACCUGCUUCCGAGCAUCCGGGAGGGCGCCCGGCUGGGCAUUCAGGAGUGCAGGAGCCAGUUCAGAUACGAGAGAUGGAACUGCCUGGUGGCCGCCGCCGCCCCGCCGGGCACCAGCCCUCUCUUUGGCUACGAGCUGAGCAGCGGCACCAAGGAAACAGCAUUUAUUUACGCUGUGAUGGCUGCGGGCCUGGUGCAUUCUGUGACCAGGUCAUGCAGUGCAGGCAACAUGACUGAGUGUUCCUGUGACACCACCUUGCAGAAUGGCGGCUCAGCGAGUGAAGGCUGGCACUGGGGGGGCUGCUCUGAUGAUGUCCAGUAUGGCAUGUGGUUCAGCAGAAAGUUCCUAGAUUUCCCCAUCAGAAACACCACGGGAAAAGAAAGCAAAGUACUGUUAGCAAUGAACCUACAUAACAAUGAAGCUGGAAGGCAGGCUGUUGCCAAUUUGAUGUCAUUAGACUGUCGGUGUCAUGGAGUUUCCGGCUCCUGUGCUGUGAAAACAUGUUGGAAAACCAUGUCUUCUUUUGAAAAGAUUGGCCAUCGGUUGAAGGAUAAAUACGAAAACAGUGUCCAAAUCUCAGACAAAAUAAAGAGGAAAAUGCACAGGAGAGAAAAAGAUCAGAGGAAUAUACCGAUCCGCAAGGACGAUCUGCUCUACGUUAAUAAGUCUCCCAACUACUGUGUACAGGAUAAGAAACUUGGGAUCCCAGGGACCCAAGGCAGAGAGUGCAACCGCACGUCAGAGGGCGCAGAUGGCUGUAACCUCCUAUGCUGUGGCCGAGGCUACAACACCCACGUGGUCAGGCACGUGGAGAGAUGUGAGUGCAAGUUCAUCUGGUGCUGCUAUGUCCGCUGCAGGAGGUGUGAAAGCAUGACUGAUGUCCACACUUGCAAGUAACCACUCCACUCAGCCUUGGGCAAGAGUCCUCAGUGACAGCCUACGAUGCGAGUCCCGCACAGAGGGUGCCUCCCAAUGUGCAGGGUUGGGGAAGUUGACUCCUGCCUCCUCAAGUUCCCAGAUCCUCGAGUCUCUCUCAGAGGUCCCCUUACCUGAUCGAUGUCCAAUCACCCACAAAGCAGGUGGAUUUCUUGGAACUCUAAAACUGAAAAAGUUCAGAAUCAUAGUUUGGUGAUUUAGGGAAUAUAUAUUGAUAUACAAGGAAUAUAAUGUGUCUCGUAAGCAAGAAAGAACAGAAAGGAGCCUUCGUGGACAGAUACCUGGUCCAUACUCAGGAUAAGAUCCUUGACUACAGACUUCAGUUAUGGAACUCAGUAGUGGUGGGUGAAUAUUAGUCAUUUUUAAAAGACACCUAUUAUAGCAGCAAGGAGCAGUAAGCAUGAAUCUCAUUUAUUCUCUCAGUAUUUUUUAUGAAGAAAUCAUACUAUUUGUGCAUAGAAACAGAAGAUGUUGACAAGUUAACAGAAGUGGUGGGUGCCUGCUUACACUUUCAUUCAUUUCAGAAGAAAGAAUCUUCAUAAGUGAUACAACAUCCCUAAAACAUGUUUGUUAGAGAUAUGUAGUGACAAAAAAAAAAAAAAAAAAAGGGCAAAAUGUAAAAAGUAAAAUGUAUGAUUUAGAUUUUAAGAGACUUUUAACCAGGAGAAUUUAUCUAGAAAAGUAUCAGUAAGAUAUAUAGCAACCUUUAUCUUUGGCUUCACACUUUCAUUAUAGACCAGUUUCCACUAUUAGAAACUUGGCUCUGAAAUACUGGAGGAGGAAGGGAUCCUGAAAGCGUGUGGGAAAAUUAGAGGUAAAAAUAUAAAGGGCUUUCAUACAUUGUAAGGAAAAGCACCUUUAAAUGUGUAAAGACAGUAUUUUGUACAGUAUUUUGCUAAAUUUUUUUAUAUUUUGUAAAUACUGUAUUUAAGGUAUAUGAUAUAGAUUGAAACUUAAGAUAUUUUUUGCCAAAGUCCAAGAGCUAAGGCAAUAAAAUUAUCUCAGAAAUAAUAUUAGCUUCUGUUUCCUUUCAUACUAUUAACUCUGACAUUUUUUUAUACAUUGAAUAAGCUCAUUGAGCAGUUAGUUACAUGGAUGUGUAUUUCCUGCCAAAAUGGCAGUUUAAUAUGUUAUAAAUUAAAAUAUGCUGCAAUAUAUUGAUAAUUGUGCUAUUUCAGCAGUCAGAUUAGUUGAAUUCUGUUUUAAAUUAAAGUUUAACUUGUAAGGUUAUUAUAAUAAAUUAUACAGUAAAAGUCUUAACUGGA